AUGUCUGCUCCGGCCAAUAAUAAUACUAGUUUCAAUAAUAAAGGUAGUACUAGUGGUUGCAGUAGCAGCAGUAGUAACAACAGCCACGCCAGGCUGCUCAUCCAACAGUGCCUGGCCGCUAAGUUGAAGAAUGAAACGCCUGAAGCUACCAUCGAAUUGGAAAUAGGGAGGGGAAUGGUCGUUUAUGUGUGCUUCAAGCAAGGAGCAGAUGGAAAUACUGUUUUGAAGUUAGUUGAUGCCAUCAUGAGCUUGAGGUUGAGCACAAGUGAUGAUGGAGAAUUGGUAACAGUGGUUGAUCUGCCUGGAGACAUACUCAUUGUACCACAAGCUUGUCUGGGUGGCAAAGUUAAAGGCAAAUCAGUUCAGUACCACUCAAACAUAAACAAAGAAGAAGGUGAGAGACUGUACAAAGAAUUCAUUCAAACUUGCAAAAAUAAAUUCACUCCAGAAGCUCCUAACAAUAAAUUAGUUGCUGGAAUUUAUGGGGCAAGACAGGUAUUAUCAAUGGAUACUAAUGGUCCUUAUAGUCACGUUGUGGAUUUAUAG